ACCUAAAACUGGCGUCCAACCAAUGGCCACCACCACCUUUCCCCUCCGUUUCUCUUUAUUUUAUUUAUUUUCCUUCCAAUUCUCUUCCUCUCUUUAUAAUCUUCCAUCUACACACUUCUCAACUUCAGGGCUCAGCCUCUCUUCUCCAACACAUUGAGCCCUUUUUUUCUCUCUUCCCGAAAAGGAAAAAGGGAAAACAGUCACACCCAAUAACAAUUUCAGUAGUAAACAAAGCAAAAAGCAAACCCCCAAAAUUAGUUGAAAAGAAAAUGCCUACACCACCGGACACCAGCAAAACCUUGAAAUUAGAGAGAUACAACAAUUAUCUCCGAAAAAUUCACAGCACCAAACUCAUCACUGCUUCUUCUAAACUUCUCUUUCGUGCAACCCUUCUCAUUGCUUUGAUUCUGAUCCUUUUUUUCACCAUCAAUUACCCUCCUCUUUCCGAUACUCCCCACCAUGUCCCUCCUCACCACCGUCUCCACCACCACAGCUUACUUUCCACUUCCCUUUUCUCCGCCGGGGGCGGUGCCGCCUGGGAGAAACAAGUCCGACUCUCUUCCACGCCGCGUAGAACCAAUGGGUUCUCCGUUUUGGUCACUGGCGCCGGUGGGUUCGUCGGUUCCCACUGUUCCCUCGCUUUGAAGAAACGAGGCGAUGGGGUUCUUGGUUUAGACAACUUCAAUAACUACUACGAUCCGUCUUUGAAAAGAGCCAGGCAAAACCUUUUGAGUAAGCACCAAGUUUUCAUCGUCGAAGGUGACUUGAACGACGGGCCAUUGCUGACCAAGCUAUUCGACGUUGUGCCCUUCACUCACGUCCUUCACUUAGCGGCUCAGGCCGGCGUACGUUACGCCAUGCAAAACCCACAGUCGUACAUCAGCUCCAACAUUGCAGGCUUUGUUAACUUGCUCGAAGUAGCCAAAGCAGCCAAUCCUCAGCCAUCCAUUGUUUGGGCAUCAUCGAGCUCCGUUUACGGCCUCAACACCGAAAACCCAUUCUCCGAACGCGACCGGACAGACCAACCGGCUAGCCUUUACGCCGCCACAAAGAAAGCCGGCGAAGAAAUCGCCCACACUUACAACCAUAUCUACGGUCUUUCCCUUACGGGGCUAAGAUUCUUCACGGUUUACGGUCCUUGGGGAAGACCCGACAUGGCUUAUUUCUUCUUCACUAAAGACAUCCUACAAGGGAAGUCGAUUGACAUAUACAAGACGCAUGAUCAGAAAGAGGUGGCGCGUGACUUCACCUACAUAGACGACGUGGUGAAAGGGUGUUUAGGGGCGUUGGACACGGCGGAGAAGAGCACCGGAAGCGGCGGGAAGAAGAAAGGGGCGGCUCAGUUGAGAGUUUACAACUUGGGGAACACAUCGCCGGUCCCAGUGGGGCGAUUGGUAUCGAUCCUGGAAGGGUUGCUGAGCACAAAGGCCAAGAAACAUGUGAUCACGAUGCCAAGAAAUGGGGACGUGCCCUUCACACAUGCCAACGUGACGUUAGCCUUCAAGGACUUUGGGUACAAGCCCACCACGGAUUUGUCCACUGGGUUGAGGAAAUUUGUGAAAUGGUACAUCAGUUAUUAUGGGAUUCAAUCAAAGACAGGGAAGGAAAGUCAAGCUACCGGUGAAUCCGGCUAAGAACAUUGAGCUUCAUCAUCAAGUACAUGGUUGGUUGGGUGUUUUUUUUUUUUUUUUUUUGAAUUUUGGGUUUUUGGUCCUACGAUGUAAAAAAAAGGAUCAAAGUGUUGGAGGUGUUGUUACUGUAGCAUAUAGAUAUAGAUUAAUAUUUGAUGAAGAUAUAGGAAAGGAUAAAUGUGAAAAGAGAAUUAAAAAGAAAAAAAGUGUAGAAUUGUGAAGAUGAGGUAAGUGUAAUAAGGUGGUAGGGUCUGCUAGAAAGGAUGCAGAUCUUCACAGCUGAUUUUCAUAUGAAAUAGAAAAAAUGAUUUGUGAUUUUUA